AUGGACUACCUCUACCAGAAUGUCCAUCAGGGACAUGCUCACCAAGAGCAGGUAUACUAUGACCAGCAGAGCUUCACCCAGCUGCCUCUCACUUAUAUGGACGGAUCAAUGGCGCCAAACUCUGGCCCACCAGUCGACCCUAGCUUCGAAUACUCUCAACCACAGUUCCCGUCGACAUGGCCCAGCCAAACGCACCAGAUCCAGCAGUACAUGGAAGGACCCAGGACAUCUUUCUUCAUGGCUUCCCAGAUGCAAGCAAUGCAGAACCUCAACCGCCCAACCCAGACCAUGAACCCUCUUCCUGCCGCGUCGCAAAGGAGACACGGGUCUCCUUGCUCCCAACAGACUCUGUCCAGCAGCGACUCCCACAGUCCUCCCACGGAAAGCGACGUUCUCCCUGCAACGCCUCCAGACCAGUCAGCAACUUCUCCUUUCAUCCAGCACAAGCACUUUGCUGCUGUGGGAUGGGAGACGCAACAAUACCAAGCCCACGCACUUCUCGGCAUGGGAUUCCAGGGAAACGCCUAUGUCAACCCGCACGACGUCAACAGCACCCAGGCCAUGUUCGAAGAGGAAGUUGUCCCAACAGACUUCAAGCCCAGCAGGACAUUCAGCUUCUACACUGAGUCUGAUUCACUCAGCAUUGCUCAGAACAGCGCCUUCACCUCGCGACAGAUCACUCCUGAGCCCAUUAUUAAGAAGGAAAUCCAGCACGUCGAACAACCCUUCCCUGCCUCCUAUCCAGACCCCGAGCCCACCAAGUACGAAUCCCCAGAGCCAACAAUCAAGGCCGAGAUUCCCGCCUUCGACGACGAUGAGAAUGACUUGGACUUCAAGCCCAAGCAAUCAUCAUCGAGGAAACGCAACCGCAAUCCCAGCGCCAAAGCCCUUUCCAGCUCGCCCGAGAGGAAGAGGUCAAGGACCAGUAGCAACAGCCAAGGAUCCAGGGUCAGCGCAGCGGUUCCUUCCACCCGUGGGUCUAAGAUUCUCUGCACUGAAUGCAAGACCCCUUUCUCGGACGAGAGCACGUACCAGAAGCACAUGAAGCAGCACCACACGCGUCCCUUCGUCUGCGUCUUCAACUACGCCGGCUGCCCAUCCACCUUUGCCAGCAAGAACGAGUGGAAGCGCCACGUGAGCUCCCAACACCUCGCCCUCACCUACUGGCUCUGCACCCAAGACGGCUGCGACAAGACCACCAACCCACCAAACACUCGCCGUUCUUCUUCUUCCUCUUCGUGCUGCCCCGACUCCCCGACGCCCCCUGCCCUGCCCAACGGCGCCAUCUUCAACCGCAAGGAUCUUUACACCCAGCACGUUCGACGCAUGCAUGUUCCGCCAAACGUCCGCAAGUCCCAGAAGCAGAAGAAGCCCUGCCCCGAAUGGGACGAGCACCUCAAGGGUCUCCAGGCCGAAGCCGAGCAGACUCGCUGCGACCUGCCACGACACAUGCGCUGCCCUGCCGUCGGCUGCAACCACGAAUUUAACGGCCCCCAGGCCUGGGACGAGCGCAUGGAGCACGUCGCCCGCCACCUCGAGCGCGCUGCCGACGGCAAGGAGCCUGUCGUCCGCUUUGGCGGCGAGGACGACUUCACUCUUACCAACUGGGCUUCGAGCCCACAAGUCUACGUUGUCCGCAGGACAAACACCGCCGAGGGGUGGGAGCUCAUAAACCCGCUCAAGGGCGAGGUUGGUCCCUCCUCAGGCAACGGGAAGCCUGGCAGUGGCACUGGCUACGUUGCCCCGUCGUUAUCUUCCUCGCCCCUCAAGGAGAUUGUCGUUGCUGGCUGCUCCGAUGAAGACGCGGAGGGCGAGGAUGAGGAGUAG